UGUAUAUUUUCGAUGUGUACACCCUUGGAUGGCUUUGUUCAAAUUUUGUUUUUAAGAUUAGGAGUUUUUUGGAAAAAUAAAAAUUAUACAGAAGGAUAGAGUGCUUAGUGCUGAUUUGAAAUAUUUAAUUAGAAUUUUAAAAAUCUUUUUUUAUGACAGAGAAAAGUGUACUUCCAGGGUUCGAAUAUAUCCAUAUUUUACCUCACUACCUGGACGUAAAGACAUAGGCCUAUCUCAGUAAGUAAGAGUUCAUUUGGAAAAAUUGAAAUGAAUAAAUAUGAGCCAAGGUGCAAAAUACAAAAUAAUAAUAUUAAAACAACAUUUUAUGGGGGUGACAGAUUUCGACUUUUAUCGUGCGUGGUCUUGUCAAUUCCAAAGGGGACAGCGCACUGAAAAGAAUCCUUCUAGUCUUAACAUGACUGAGAUACCAUCCCGGAUUCGUAAGCUUGGAUGAAUUUAAUGAUAUUUACAUCGAUGUAUAUACUCUAUCUCUUUUGUUUUUUUUUAGUUAUAUUUGGUCUGGUUUAAUUGUGAUUAUUGGUAUUUAUCUUAAUAUUUAUAGUCGACAUCAAACUGCAUUUAAUACUAAAAUAGCAUCAUUAAUGACUAGGUUAUUUAAUUCUCGUUGGUGGCCAAAUAUUUUAACACCAUCAAUAACAACAAUAAGCAAAACAUUACCUGUUUGA